CCAGUUGAUCAAGGUAGAGGGAAAGAAGACGCUAUGAUUACGGAUCAAGUAAAGUUUCAUCCUUUUUUUAUGAAGAUGAUCAAGUAACGUAUCAUUAUAGCACACUGCAGCAAUCUAUUCCUAGAAGCACAUAGCUAUAUAAGACAUUAAUUCAGAAAAAUAAGGAGUCAAACAACAAGAAAUUAAAAAAAGAAAAAGAAAAAAGAGAGAUAUAAAACCAAAGAUGGCUGAAGCAGCAGUUUCCUAUGUUGCAGAGCGGCUUAUUGAUCUUUUCCAAAGAAAAAUUGUUUUCCUGAAAAAUGUCCAACAAGAAGUCGAAGGUGUGCGAAAUGAGCUCAUCCGUAGGAAGUGUUUCCUGAAAGAUGCAGAUAUGAAGCAAGAGGAAGAUAAGGACGCAAGAAUCCGCAAUUGGGUAUCUGAAAUCAGAGCAGUUGCCUACCAUGCUGAGGAUGUGAUUGAAAUAUUCAUCCACCAAGUUGAGUCCUUUGAACGACAGAGGUUCUUCAUCAAGUGUGCCUUCUAUCCUAAGAAGCUAUACUGGCUUUACAAAGUAGGGAAAGCGAUCGAAUCGAUCCAGACCAAAAUUCGUGAAAUAUCCAACAACCGUGAAAGAUAUGGCAUCAGGCAUAUUCAAGGGCUCGGAGAUGGGGAAGGGUCAAGCACAGCACGCGAGAGGAUGCGUGAACUACGCCGCUCCUCCCCCUUGGUUGCCAAUAAGGACGCUGUUGGUCUGGAGAAGCAUGUGAAUUCUGUCAUGUCAAUCCUUCUGAAGGAGGACAAACGGCUUCAUGUUGCUUCAAUUGUUGGUAUGGGGGGCAUUGGGAAGACGACUCUUGCCAAAGAAGUUUAUAACCAAGCUCAAAUCAGAGGAAAGUUUGAUAGCCGGGCAUGGGUUUAUGUAUCCCAAGAUUAUAAACCCACGAAGAUCAUCAAGGAACUCAUUCUACAACUGGCAAAUCCAGAAGAAGACAAAGUGAAGAUAGUUGAUACGAUGGACAAACUCUCAGAGGCUGGUUUGGAGGAAAUGCUCCAUAGGCGCUUGGAAAAAACAUGCUAUCUGAUUGUUCUUGAUGACAUCUGGACCACAGAAGCAUGGGAUAUUAUUGCUAGGUCAUUUCCCGACAAUGAUAAGUCAAGUAGAUUGCUACUUACCAGCCGCAGAAAGGAGGUUGCUUUGCAUGCAGAUGCCCAUACAACACCAUACGAACUUAAAGUAUUGAGUGAGGAGGAGAGCUGGGAACUCUUUAUCAAGAAAGCAUUUGCUGAGGAAAGAGAGUGUUCACAGGAUUUGGUGGACGUAGGGAAAGAGAUUCUGAAAAAAUGUGAUGGCUUGCCACUGGCUAUUACCGUCAUAGGAGGCCUCUUAGCAGGGAAGAAGAAACAAAGAAGUGAGUGGCAAAGAGUACAGAGAAGCCUCAGUUCAUACCUUGUUGGAAGCCAAACUUAUGGUGUAUCAGCUAUCUUGGCAUUGAGUUAUCAUGAAUUACCUCCCCAUUUAAAAUCUUGCUUUCUCUACUUAGGCCUUCUCCAAAAAGUCAAAUACAUCCCCGUGAAGCAACUCAUGCACAUAUGGAUUGCCCAUGGUCUUAUUCAGCAAAAGGGAGAACAAAAAUUGGAGGACAUUGCGGAGGAUUUUCUUGAUGAGCUCAUUGGGAGAAAUUUGGUUCAAGUAAUCCUAGUUAGAGCAGAUGACAAAGUUAAAAGUUGCCGGCUCCAUGAUCUCCUACGAGACUUUUGUAUUAUGAAGGCAAAGGAAGAAAUUUUUCUCGAGGUCCAUCAGAAAGCAGAUGAUCUAUCUAUAUCGCUGUCUGAAUCUCGACACCAUGUCUUUUACUGUCCACCCGACAGGUACAAAUAUUUGGGAAAUUCAAAAUCAUAUAUAAGAUCCCUUCUAUCAUUUGAUUCAUCUGCUAAGCCAGUUAACCUUGAUUGUAUUUGUACAAGUAGUUUCAAACUUCUCAAAGUGCUAUACAUAGACUCUCCUGGUUUAAAAGUUAUCUCAGAGAGUAUCGGGAAACUAUGUUCCUUGAAGUACUUAGGCAUAGGAUGGAAGACACGCAUAAAGAUGCUUCCCCGUUCGAUAAGUCAUUUGAAAAACUUGGAAAAGAUAGAUAUGCCCAUGUCUAGUUAUUAUUCUGUGCUAGUUCCCAAUGUCUUGUGGAAGUUAGAGAACUUACGGCAUCUGCUUGGUUACAUAAAAUCCCCCAGCCUAUUGAAUCAAGAAAAUCUGACAAGAAUGACUAAUCUCCAAAAAGUUGGUUUACUCAUUGAAAGUGAGGAUAACCUAGACAUGGAUCAAUUAUGUGAUUCCCUUGCAGAGCUUGAGAGCCUUCAAUCCUUGUGCUUGGAAGUAGAGGAUAGCAUGGAAAUAUCUUCGGUUGCUGGUUUAUCUAAGUUGACUCAUGUUGUCAAGCUUAAGUUGAAGGGAGAGUUAGCCUCAAUGCCAGCUCAUCCUUGUGUAUUUCCACCUAAUCUUUGUCAGCUGACUUUGGUGGACACCCAGCUCCAUCCAGAUUCAAUCCAAGUGUUGGAGAAGUUAACCAACUUGUCAACUCUAAAACUAGUUAAUGCUUUUGAUCUGCAAGAUUAUAGUAUAACAAUAUCGGAGAAUGGGUUUCGUGGACUCAAGUUUCUCAGGGUGGAUCUACUAAUGUUUAUGCAAGAGAUGAAGCUAGGGAAAGGUGCAAUGGCAGGACUCAAAUGCCUGCAAAUCUUCAAAUGCUACUCAUUGAGGAGGCUCCCAGAAGAGUUGAUAUCAUUGACUAACCUUGACAAGCUGGAGAUUAGAGGAAUGCCUGAAGAAUUUAUUGCUAGACUUCAACUUUCAGAUUUGUGCAAACUCCAACAUAUUCCCAACAUAGUCGUUGGACAUCCCGGUACAGAUGAUGACGAAUGGAUCCAAGAAGAACUGGAGCGUGCAAGUCUCAUUAGACCGUUCAGGACAGAUGCACAGGUAAUAAGAGCAGCAGUUUUGUUCCAGGCGCGUCAUAGGAGUCCAAAUGUCAAUACUGAUUGAUUUGCUUAUUUUCUUUUAACCUUUUCUGUUAUGUGUUUUCUACUAAGCAAGAGGAAAAUGUGACUAUUACCAGUUCAGGAACAUGCAUUUAAAAGAAGCAUUUUCUUUCUCCAUUAA